UUUACCGCUCGAUUUCGUGGCGUUCCCUCGCCCAAUCUUCUCAAAAUUCGCGGGAGAUUCUUCAAUUGCAUCAAUGGCGGAUUCCACGCCGGAGCAGUCAUCCACGCCGCCGCUUCCACGCGCUUUCCUCGAUUUCUUAGAGGAAAACGGCAUCGAUCCAUCCAUAUAUGUCAAGGGGGAUACAAUCCCUCGCUAUAUAAGGUUGAAGCCUGGAUGUGAAAAUUUGGUUCCUGGGAUUGAAGCAGAGCUUGCAUGUGAGCUUGAGAGGGUUGACUGGUUGCCUGGAUUCUAUGCAGUGCCGCCGCAGAUCAAAAUUGCUAGCUCAGAGGCAUACAAGUCUGGGAAGAUUUAUGGAAUGGAUGCAGCAUCGGGAGCUGCUGUUUUGGCAUUGGACGUCUCAGAGGGAGAUCAUGUACUUGACUUGUGUGCAGCUCCAGGUGCUAAGCUAUGCAUGCUGUCAGAUCUACUUGGUAACUCAGGAUCAUUAACUGGUGUUGAUGUUUCAAGAGAUAGGCUUGCAGCUUGUCGGACUAUGCUACUAAAAUAUACGCUUGGGGAUCGUUGCAGGCUCUUCAUUGCAGAUGGAACGUCAUUUUCCCUCUUACCUUUGAGGCCUUCUAUGAAUGUGAAAUCAUGUGUCAUUAAUGGGGAUGGUGUUGCAAGUACAUUUGGUGAAUGGACGUCUAAGAGAUCAUACAAAGAUCGGAAGAACGCAUCUAAAUUAAAAAAUUCAAUUGGUUCUCAGCUUGCACUUGCAACAUCAGAACCAGAAUUAUUUUUUUAUGGAAAAAAUUCAGGGGUAGUUGGUUUACAAAGGACUGAGUUAUUUUCUGUUGCAGAUAAUGCAGAGGCUUCAAAUUUAGGCUAUGACAAGGUUCUUGUGGACGCAGAGUGUACUCAUGAUGGAUCAAUCAAGCACAUUCAGAAGUUUGAGCAUUGGGGAUGGAAAACUCUUGACCAUCGAGUUCUAGACGCAAAAAGAACCAACAGCUUGAUGCACCUUCAGUUGCAGCUUCUUACCAAUGGUUUCAAAUUGUUAAAAGCUGGCGGCACGCUUGUAUACAGUACCUGCAGUCUAACCUUUGCACAAAAUGAGGAUGUGGUGGAGCGGUUCCUCAUAAAAAAUCACUCAGCUGAAUUACAAGGGGUUGAUGCUGCCAAGAAUUGGCCCUGUAGGAGUGGGAGAAUCCCACAUACCUUGCGUUUUGAUCCAAAUACAUCUCAAACAAGUGGCCUUUUUGUUGCAAAGUUCAUUAAGAAUUAUUCCAAGAAUGCAAAAGAGAUGAAUCAGCUCGAAAAGUUCACACGCAUUGCUUGAACUUUGGUAAUUUAUCGGUCUCCCUGUUGUUCUCUCGAAUUAGUUUAUGGCAUUGCUAGCUAGAUUCAUUCUUCGUCUAUCAAGUGAAAUUGUGGUCAAAUUCGAACAUUUUCUAACAGAGGUAAUCUGUUUUUAACUGACAGUUUAAGCAAACAUUAUAUGCGUCAAUCUCUUUAU